AUGAGUCAGAAAACGGUUAAGGAGGGCCCCAGACUCUCCAAGAACCAGAAGUUUUCGGAGCACUUCAGCAUACAUUGCUGCCCGCCAUUCACCUUCCUCAACUCCAAACGGGAGAUCGUGGAUCGGAAGUACAGCAUCUGUAAAAGUGGCUGCUUCUACCAGAAGAAAGAAGAGGACUGGAUCUGCUGUGCUUGCCAGAAGACCAGCACCAGCCGCCGGGCAACGUCCCCUCAGAGGCCCAAGCAACAGCCAGCGGCACCCCCCGCGGUGGUCAGAGCACCGGCCAAGCCACGGUCCCCUCCGAGGUCCGAGCGUCAACCGCGCCCCCGCCCAGAGGUCCGACCACCACCAGCCAAGCAGCGCCCCCCUCAGAAGUCCAAGCAGCCGCCGCGCAGCAGCCCCCACAGAGGGCCGGGCACCAGCCGUGGGGGGUCCCCCAUCAAAGCUUCUAGGUUCUGGUAA